AUGGAUUCGCGAUUGCGACAGAAUGCUCUCCUCCAACGAUGCCGCGCCCUCACAGCCCUUGCUUUCCUCUUGAUAGUCCUGAUCUAUGCGCCAGUCAACGCGACUGUUAACCACGGCACGCCGUCUUGGUCGCGCGACACCCCCGAAGCCGCUGCCGAUGGCGCUCAGAAACCAUUCCCGCGCCCCGAAGAGGCCAGCCUCGCCCCGAACGCCGACGCUACACCGGCAGCCAUAAUUCCUCCAGAGGGCGGCGGAGAAGUCCACUGGCCACUGAACCCUCUGGAAGAGCUGCACAACGCGCUGGAAACCAUGCAGUCGCGCUACUUCGAGCUGUGGCUGGGCCAGUGGCCGUCGGCAAUCGACUGGACCGCCGCCGUCAUGGCCACCUUCGUGUCGGCCACGCUACACUCCCUGACGCGCUCGCUCGAAUACGUGCUGCCGGGCGCCGAGCACCCGGUCAUCGAAGGGCAGCGCAUCGAGAACGAGAUCAGCAAGUACUUCUCGCAGUCGGUGGCGUACUACUUUGGCGAGGACGCCUUCAGCUUGCGCAUGCAGGCCUACGACGACAUGCUGUGGGUAGUUCUGGGCUGGCUGGAGAGCAUCAAGUUCAUCGAUCUGCACGCCAGCCGCCACUACCGCCGGCCCGCCAGCCCGGGCCGCGCGUGGUACGGCCACCAGUUCGCGCCGGGCUUCGCCCACCGUGCCCACAUCUUCUACGAUAUCGCGUCGGGCGGCUGGGACACGGAGCUGUGCGGCGGCGGCAUGACGUGGAACCCGCGCCUGACGCCCUACAAGAACGCCAUCACCAACCAACUCUUCAUCUCCGCGUCCAUCGGCAUGUACCUGUAUUUCCCCGGCGACGAGAACACGUCUCCGUUCAUGGUGCAGACAACCGAUGGUGAUGGAGGGCUGCCGACGGCGCGCCCACACGACCGCAAGUAUCUUGCGGCAGCGGUGAACGGCUACAAUUGGCUCCGUAAUAGCAACAUGACGAACAAGCAGGGCUUGUACGUCGAUGGUUUCCAUAUCCGCAACUGGGGCAAGAACGGCAGCAUCGGCACUGGCAAGUGUGAUGAACGCAACGAGAUGACGUACACAUACAACCAGGGAGUCCUGCUGUCGGGCCUGCGCGGCCUGUGGGAGGGCACGGGCGAGCAGUGGUAUCUCGAAGAUGGCCACGAGCUCGUGCGGAACGUCAUCAAAGCCACAGGCUGGGCAGAGCACGAGAAGAGGAGAAGAAGGGGCAAGGCGCUUGACGAGGACGAGACCGACGAGAGUGACGACGACAACGAUGCCGUCGACGCGGACAAGAAGAAGAAAAAGAAGAAGAAGAAGAAGAACGGCAAGUACAAGUGGUACGGCAUGGGCCGCGACGGCAUCCUGGAAGAGGUGUGCGACGCCGACGGCACGUGCAGCCAGAACGGCCAGACGUUCAAGGGCAUCUUCUUCCACCACCUCACCCUCUUCUGCGAGCCGCUGCCCCUCCAGCCCACCGUCCCCGGCGUCACGCACGGCGCCUCCCGGGAGACGGCCCUGCUCCACCGCCAGAGCUGCAAGGAAUACGCCUUGUGGGUCGCCCACAACGCCCGCAUGGCCCUGCGCACGCGCGACGGCGAGGGCCGCUUCGGCAUGUGGUGGAGCGCGCCUGAGUGGGACGAUGAUGAGGCUGAUGAGGUCGAGGUCGCGGCUCCGCCGUUGCCGCUCGGCGCCGUCGAUUAUAGGAAUAAUGACAGUUUGCCGGACGGCGAGAUGUGGAUGCCGAUCAAGGACUACGAUUGGAGCAACGGCGGCGACGACGGAGUCGUCGUCCCGGAGAGCGAUGGGUUGCCGUCGUUCAUGGGCUUCGACCCCGUGAUGGCGGGGGCGACGGGGAGAGCGGCGAGGGUGGCGCAGAGUGCGGGCGGAGAGAGCGGAGCGGAGAUGAGGGAUAAGAACGAUAGGGGCAGGGGGCGGACGGUGGAGACGCAGGGAGGUGGCGUGGCGGUUGUUAGGGCGCUGUGGGAGUUUGUGAAUAUGUAUCGGGAGUGA